AGAAUCUGGUAACACUGUUUAACUUCUGUCAAAGGUGGUCAAAAUAAAAAUGGUAUCUUGGAGUGCUUUAGGUCGAUCCUGCGGGAUCAAUCUUUGGAAAAAUCAUCUUAAAAAUCAAUUUAUUGCACAAAAUGUGGCUUUUUCUACCACCAAAACCAUUAGAGCUGAUCACGGCAGGACAUUUGCCAUGCAACCCUCCAGAUUUCAAUAUCAGAAGUUCAAGGAUAUGUUACACUUCUAUACUUUGGUAGGACUGAUUCCUGUGGGCUUGAUAAUCUUUUAUUGCAACGUGUUCAUCGGUCCUGCCACUUUGGAAAAGAUCCCGGACGGCUACAACCCCAAACACUGGGAGUACCAUCGUCACCCAAUCACUAGAUUCAUCGCACAAUACGUCCACAACAGCCCUCAGCAGGAAUAUGAAAAAUUUUUGCAUUUCCUUGAUGAAGAGUCACAGAAAGCUAAAUUGCGUGCCCUAGAAAAGGAAAUUAUACAGAAGAUGGGCGAGCGACAUGACUAUCAGGCUUACUACUAUAGGCCAAUGGUUAAUAAGUACAUGCGUAUUGAAAAGAAGACUGGAGAAGAAAUUAUGCAGCGUGUUGGUGAUGACUACAGCGAGUAACCGCCACUAAUGGGUCUAGUAUAAUAGAAAUCAAGUGAAUUGUUAUAUUUCAAUGUAGAUAAUAAAUAUUUUGAGUUUC